GCGGUUGGAGGGAGGCCCGAUUCCCCUUUGUUCAGGUUCGCCAUUUUGCGAGGCAGCGGCAGUGGCGGCGGCAGCGGCGGCUGGAGCCUCUGAUUGGGUUUCGGAGUCCGGUACUGGAGCCAAUCAGCGCGGGCAGCGAACCGGGGGAGCGAGGCACGGAGUGCAUCUCACAGUCUUCUAUACUCUCCGGAGUGAAGCUCACUGUGUACCAGAUUUCAACUUGGAGGGACCAUGGAGCAGUAUACAACAAACAGCAACAGUUCAACAGAGCAGAUUGUUGUACAGGCUGGACAGAUUCAGCAGCAGCAGCAGGGUGGUGUCACUGCUGUCCAGUUGCAGACUGAGGCCCAGGUGGCAUCCGCCUCAGGCCAGCAAGUCCAGACCCUCCAGGUAGUCCAGGGGCAGCCAUUAAUGGUACAGGUCAGUGGAGGCCAGUUAAUCACAUCAACUGGCCAACCCAUCAUGGUCCAGGCUGUCCCUAGUGGACAAGGUCAAACCAUCAUGCAAGUACCUGUAUCUGGGACACAGGGUUUACAGCAGAUUCAGUUGGUUCCUCCUGGACAGAUCCAGAUCCAGGGUGGGCAGGCUGUGCAGGUGCAGGGCCAGCAGGGCCAAACGCAGCAGAUCAUCAUCCAGCAGCCCCAGACAGCCGUCACGGCAGGCCAGACUCAGACACAGCAACAGAUUGCUGUCCAGGGGCAGCAGGUAGCACAGACUGCUGAAGGGCAGACUAUCGUCUAUCAGCCAGUUAAUGCUGACGGCACCAUUCUCCAGCAAGUUACAGUCCCUGUUUCAGGCAUGAUCACCAUCCCAGCAGCCAGUUUGGCAGGAGCACAGAUUGUUCAGACAGGAGCCAACACCAAUACAACCAGCAGUGGACAAGGGACUGUCACUGUGACACUACCAGUGGCAGGCAAUGUGGUCAAUUCAGGAGGGAUGGUAAUGAUGGUGCCUGGUGCUGGCUCUGUGCCUGCUAUUCAAAGGAUCCCUCUACCUGGAGCAGAGAUGCUUGAAGAAGAGCCUCUCUAUGUGAAUGCCAAACAGUACCACCGCAUACUUAAGAGGAGGCAAGCCCGGGCCAAACUAGAGGCAGAAGGGAAAAUUCCAAAGGAAAGAAGGAAAUACCUGCAUGAGUCUCGGCACCGUCAUGCCAUGGCACGGAAGCGUGGUGAAGGCGGACGAUUUUUCUCUCCAAAGGAAAAAGAUAGUCCUCAUAUGCAGGAUCCAAACCAAGCAGAUGAAGAAGCAAUGACACAGAUCAUCCGAGUGUCCUAACCCCAGGCCACGUGAUGGGCCUGAUUAAGGUCAUGUUCCUCACCGUUGUUCCAGGAAAUUGAUCAGUUCUUCCAAUGGGACACUGAUGAUCACAUUCUGCCCUUUUUAUGGGAGAGAAACCCACUUAGUUUUUAAUAAGUGGCUCAGUAUUAUAAUUGCAGCAAUGUCUGGCAAAUUGAAGUGGCAAGCCUUUCUCACCCCUUCAGUCAGGACUUGUUUUAGACUGUUGAUGACAUUGACAUUUCAUGGAUUAGGAUGAUGCAAGGGACUCAUGCCAGCCCAGCAGUACCACACACAGCACUUAAGUUGACUGGUGAAGCCAGCCAACUAUCUCAGCAGAGGAGAAUAACCUUCUCAAGCUAAACUGAAUUCAGGGAAGCUGGAGCCCACUCCCUCCCAUGGAAUCUAAACACCAUCCAUCCCUCUGGUGAGGGAUCUCAGGCUAAGUAAAUGGACACUUUGUAUUCAGAGAUGACUUCCAGGCGAGGAAGCUCCAUCUCAUAAUAUGGAAAUAAUAAAUUCUGAGAUACAUUCAUCUAAUCUGUGGUAAUAAUAAGAAUUUCUGUCUGCCCAGAUGAUAGGUUGGUAUUUUUGGACUCCAGCCAAGAAAAAGCUAAUUCUGGGGAUAGAAUGAUAAAAAAAUCAAGCACUAAAAGUAAUAAUUGCUGAAUCUUUUUUAGCUUUGACCAGUUGUUGUCUUCUUGUCCAUCUGUUGACAGGUCAUCUGGACCAUAGUUCCUACUCUAGCUACUUUUAAGACAAUUUAGAAGGUAUUGGAACUCAAAACUUCCUUUCCUAACUAAGUAGAGAACAAAACAAUAACAUCUUGUGUGCUGAAGUGCUGAAGACAAUGGUUGUAACUCCUAAGCAGAGAGACAAACUAGAGAUUUUUCAAUCAUAGGCUUGGUGACAGCAUUUGGAAAACAAGGGUUUGUGUGUGUUUCAGUCUAGAGGAAGAGAGUAGUAUAUAUACCCAUGUGUUGUCAUUUGGUGUGAUUUUUCAGUGGAUGGAUGCCUGGGAUGGAUUCAUUAAGAUGAAGAGAAUAAUUUACAUUGACACUAUAGCAUUUUACUAAGAACAGAAAGGGAGAACUAUGAGAUUUUGUCCUUGACAAUUUCUGGAAAGCACUAUUCAGUCAAGCUGUUCUGGGUGUUCACCAGGUUACCUGCUAGAGCUUGAGGUGGAUGUUGACUUCAGUCCUGCAGCACUUUGUGCUGGCCCCAGAAAACAGACAUUCUCAUUCUUCCCAUGGCAGCUGACUCUUUGGUUCCAGUUUUUAUUUGUUCGCCCCCCACCCCCUUCACAGGCCUUGUGCAGGAAGGUUUUCACAUUGCAUCCACACAUCCUGGGGACAGGUUACAUACUGGAAAUAGAGAUGCCUGCAGUAUAAGAAACUGGGCCACAAUUUCUGUGAUGAGUUAUGUGCCUCGCUUCUUUUCUAGACAUUAUACCCUGAUAGAAAUAAGAUGUUUCAGAAGAGUUUUUGCCUACUCUGGAAACAAAGACGGAAAACUUAAUUCUUUUGAGGAAUAUUUGGGUUUGAUUUAAAUACCAAGAGUAAAGAUUGGCUUUUCUAUUUUACUCUAUAUUAAGAGAAAAGAUAAAUUUAACUCUAAAGAAACCAUCACAAAGGGAAAUUAUUCUAAUGGUAGCAAAGAGGUACAGAGCUAUGCAAAGGAAGCAGGAAGUGAAGUAUUUCUGGUUUCUGGAAUCACAUUAUCUCUUGGCUUCCAGUGGGGGUUGGGGACAUGAUUCUUUAGUAGGCUCACUAGAAAUUUCUGGCUCUUUAUAUGAGUUUCGGAUGUUAACUUAGUCAGUAAGCCCCAGAUUUUUCAGAUGAUAGAUUACUAGCAACAAUAUGGAAUUUGCUCACUGGUGUAGCUCAGUGGAUUGAGUGGGGGCUGCAAACCAAGGGGUUGCCAGUUCGUUCCCCAGUGAGGGCACAUGCCUGGGUUGCAGGACAGGUCCCCAGUAGGGGGAGGUCAAAAGGCAACCACACAUUGUUUCUUUUUCCCUUCCCUUCUUUUUAAAAAAAUAAAAUAGUAAAAAAAAAAAAAAACAAUGGAGAAUUUAUAUACUUUGGUUUGUUUAGGAAUCUUUAAGAGGCAGAGUUCAGAAGGAAAUUCCUCGGAUUUAAUUUCUAGUACUUAGGCCAGUAGCAAUUCUAAAAUGCUAUUUAUUUGUGUUUGUAAGUUUGUACAUAGUGAUGCCAACUUCAAUGUUGCAGAAUUACUUUUUUAUACAUUUGAGUUUAAAAUCAAAUGCUUCAGUUAUUAUUUUGUCAUUGCAUUUCAGCUAACUCUUGGCCCUUUUAUUGUGGUCAAUUUAGUGCACCAUAAUAUCCCAUGUAGUGGGGGGUUGAGCUUUGGGUUUUUUCUUUAUUUGUUGCUACAAGUUCUUAUAUUCAUUUGUCCUUGUGACUGUAGUGAUGACUUCUAGAUGCAGAAAGAGUGAAUGGAUGCGUGAAUAAUUGGUUUAAUGAAUAGUUAUUCCACUUCUUGAGUGCUUUUUUUUCCCCAGGAUAAUUGUAAAUGGAUAUAUUUUCAUUGUACUGGUACAUUGAACAUGUCAGUGUCUAUACCACUGGACCAACAUUUUAUGGCUAUUGAGUGCCUGAUGAUAAUGUCUUGCUUUUCCUUUGGGACUCCAAUUAUAUAUCUUUUACCCUCAGCGGUAGGGGGACUACAGGUGAUUUGAUCAUUGAUGUCAUUGCAAUUGUUAUUUUUUUAAAUAAAUUUAUUAAAAUACUAAAAA